GAAACACUUAAAACACAUUGUGUCAAUAUUGUUGAAGUGAGGAGGGUCUUUCCUCGCGAUAAACCGUGAGUAUUACUAUACUACAGAUAUUUCAAGUUCAACCCGCCCAUCCCCAGUGAGAGUGAGACACUUGCUGUUUGUGACGGUGGGAGCGUCUCUCAUUCAAGCGCCCAUAUCAUUCACGUUGAGUCCGUCAGCCGAAGUGGCCGAGGCGAUUUCUUCAAGGAGUACACUUGCAAACUUUCAAGCUGCUUUUAAGUUACGAUAUAAAGGAGAUGUGAACGCAUUUGAACUUCGUAUAACAGCGACGUCUCGUGAUUCUGUGCUUAAACAUUGAAGAAAAGAUUUCCGGGAGAUUUAACGAUGUUUUUCACUUACGACAUGACUAGAUCAUGGUCGCUGGAGAGUGUGAGGAGACACACAAAGUCUUGAAGGAAGAGGACUGCCUGGUAUCUCGACAAAAGCAUCACCUCAGAAACAUGAGGGAUUGUCUCCUGUGGAACUUCGCCAAAGUGAUUCUGUUUUGGACAUUAGCUGAUGCUCAGGCUGGUGAAGAUGGUGAGAUUACAGCUGAAGAACAGGUACAGAUGCUACUGGAUGCAAAGCUGCAAUGCCUACAGAAGGUCUCCACAGACGACAUUGCAGUUGGUGUGUGUGUCCCAGAGUGGGAUGGUCUGAUAUGUUGGUCGCAAGGCUUCCCUGGAGCUCUGACCAAGACCCCCUGCCCGACUUACGUCUAUGACUUCAACCAUGCAGGACACGCCUACAGGAGGUGUGACUCUAAUGGUUCCUGGGUGCUUGCAGAGAGUUCAAACAAGACCUGGGUCAACUACACGGAGUGCAUCAAAUCCCCAGAGCCCAACAAAAAGAGACAGGUAUUUUUUGAACGGCUGCACAUCAUGUACACAGUAGGCUAUGCAGUUUCCUUCGGCUCUCUUCUAGUGGCCAUCUUUAUUAUUGGAUACUUUAGACGUCUCCACUGCACCAGGAACUACAUUCACAUGCACCUGUUUGUUUCCUUCAUGCUGCGUGCCGUCAGCAUCUUUGUAAAGGAUCACGUGGUGCACACUGGUACUGGGCUGCAGGAAUUUGAUGCUGUGCUCAUGAAUAACUUCACUAACGCUGUGGAUGUGGCACCAGUGGACACUUCACAGUAUAUGGGUUGUAAAGUGACCGUCUUGCUGUUCAUCUAUUUCCUGGCUACAAACUACUAUUGGAUCCUGGUGGAGGGCUUGUACCUGCACAGUCUCAUCUUCAUGGCCUUCUUGUCUGAUUCUAAAUACCUGUGGGGCUUCACUUUGAUCGGGUGGGGUGUUCCUGCUCUUUUUGUUGCAGCAUGGGCAGUUGUCAGGGCAACACUGGCAGAUGCAAGAUGCUGGGAGCUGAGUGCAGGAAACAUCAAAUGGAUCUACCAGGUCCCCAUUCUGACAGCCAUUGGGCUGAACUUCAUCCUGUUUGUGAAUAUCGUGCGGGUGCUCGCAACCAAGAUCCGUGAAACCAAUGCAGGCAGAUACGAUACUCGGAAACAGUACAGGAAGCUUGCCAAAUCCACACUUGUGUUGGUGUUUGUGUUUGGGGUGCACUACAUUGUGUUUGUUGGAAUGCCACACACCUUCGACGGUCUGGGCUGGGAGGUGCGGAUGUAUUUUGAGCUGUUCUUCAAUUCUUUCCAGGGCUUCUUUGUGUCUAUCAUCUACUGCUACUGUAAUGGAGAGGUCCAGACUGAGAUCAAGAAGACAUGGACACGGUGGAAUCUAGCAUUCGACUGGAAGGGCCCGGUGGUGUGCGGGAGCUACCGCUAUGGCUCUGUGUUAACUGGCCUCAACAAUAGCACCAGCAGUCAAUCCCAGUUCGCUACCGGAGGUCCGGGUACCCGUUCCACCACACUCUUCUCCAGCCGAGUCUACCGCAGCAGCGGGGGGCCAACUAUCAGUGCACAUGCCACCUUGCCAGGCUAUGUGCUCAAUUCGGAUGCUGACAGCUUACCACCAUCUAUACCUGAGGAACCGGAGGACAGUGCAAAGCAGGUCGAUGACAUCCUGCUGAAGGAAUCCUUGCCCACGAGGCCCAGCAGUGGCCUGGAGGAUGACGAGGAAACUCUGUAGAUAAUGGUGCGGCGAUAGUCAGCUUAAUUGGGUGUAAUAGCAAACAUGGCAUUUGUUAAAGAACAAAAAUGACAGUACAUCACCUGCAGCGCACACCGCUGUGGAUGGCAACAGCACCUCUACAAUGGACACUUCCUGCUCAAUCUGUGACAGUUUUGUUUUUGACGUAAUGCCAUAUGCAGGUAGAUUGAUAUGAUCAUGACAAGACACCUCCACCCAUCAUGGCCCUGGAAAUGCUGAUGGUGGGUAAAAUUUCUGGUUGCUUCAUGCAAUUCUGAAACUGCCAAAUGGACAAUGUGAAUGUUGGAUUUUUUUUAUUUUCUAUUACUAUGCCAACAAUUUAUUUUUUAAUACUAGUUUCAUUUGCAAAGAACCAUGAUGUCAUCAAGUGAUUUUUUUUUUUUUUUAGUCAAAAGCAUGAUUUGUGUAGACUGUGGAGGCAAUGCUCUGGAGAAAUGGUUGUAUAAUUGGUCUAUCAUAUGUUGGGGGGAUAAUACAUUUACUUAAGUCUCCAUUGCACUUACUGUAAUAUUCCAUUCCAGAGGAUACA